CACGCGAUGGUUGGCCACUUGUUUAGAAUUCCCGAAAGAUGGCGGCGCCUCCAGAUGAGGCUAGCCUGCAGUCUCGCAUCAACAAGGCCACCAACCCCCUAAAUAAGGAGGCUGACUGGGACUGUAUCAAUGGCUUUUGUGAUCAGCUCAAUGAUGAACCAGAAGGACCCCAGCUUGCAACCAGACUUCUGGCCCACAAAAUCCAGUCUCCUCAGGAGUGGGAGGCUAUGCAGGCACUUAUGGUUCUUGAGACGUGCAUGAAGAUCUGCGGAAAGCGCUUUCACGGUGAAGUGGGGAAGUUCCGCUUUCUUAAUGAGCUCAUAAAGGUGGUCUCACCCAAGUAUUUGGGUACUCGGGCUCCAGAACCAGUAAAGAAGAAGGUCUUAGAAAUGAUUUUCAGCUGGACAGUGAGACUGCCAGAAGAGACCAAAAUAGCAGAAGCCUAUCAGAUGCUGAAAAAACAAGGUAUUGUCAAGCAGGAUCCCAUGCUUCCUGAUGACAAGCCACUACCGCCACCUCCACCCAGAACCGCAAGUGCCAUCUUUGAGGAUGAGGAGAAAUCCAAGAUGCUUUCUCGUCUGUUGAACAGCACUCAACCUGAAGAUCUUAGGGCAGCAAACAAACUCAUUAAGGAAAUGGUCCAGGAGGACCAAAAGCGAGUGGAGAAAGUAUCAAAGCGGGUUAACGCCAUCCAGGAGGUGAAAGAGAGCGUGAGCCUGCUGAGCCAGCUGCUAGAAGGCUACAACAAAGAGAGCUGCUCCGAGAGCAACCAGGAGCUGAUUAAGGAUCUUUACCAACGCUGUGAAAAGAUGAGGCCCACGCUUUUCCGAUUAGCCAGCGAUACAGAGGAUAAUGAUGAAGCCUUAGCGGAUAUCUUACAGGCCAAUGACAGUUUGACACAGGUCAUCAACCUGUACAGGCAGCUGGUGAAGGGGGAGGAGGUGACAAGUGAUGGCAUAACCAAAUCCUCACAACCAGGCAGCAGCAGUUCAGCACUUGUUGACCUGGCAGGGCUUAAUCCAUCAGCCAGCACAGCACCGUCCAACCAAGAGCCCUCCAGCCUACAGAUCCUGACUCAGAGCAUGGGCAUCAACCUCCUGGAUGAUGAACUCAUGUCACUGGGACUGAAUGUAACUGAAAACUGUGAUCCUCAGAACAUGUUUCAGUCCUGUGAUGGCACAGAAUUCUACACUGCAUCAGUCCCAGCCACAGUGCUGCUACCGGCUGUGGCCCAAACUCUGCAGGCCCCACCAGUAGGGGGCCCCACAGCUGCUCCCAAAGCCAUGGAUGAGCUAGACUUGCUGGGGAAGACAUUAUUAGAGCAGUCUCUACCUCCAGAGAGCCAGCAGGUUAAAUGGGAUAAACUCCAACCUCAGUCAAGAGUCCCCUUACGAGAUCUCCAGACCAAGUCCAGCACCAACUCUAGACCUGCUUCUACUGCAACUACAACCUCCUCCGGUGCUGCUCCCGGGCCAACAUCCAGCCUGGCUUUCCACUCUGAACAGCCUGACAUUCUCCUCUCCAAUCCCAGUCUCACAGCUGCUGACCCCCACAACAACAUCUCCCUAGCUGACGUUACAGUGCCUCUGGAAUUAAUCAAACCAAGCAGCUUGUUACCAGUGACUGUAUUUGACAAACACAGCCUCCGAGUUUUAUUCACGUUUGCUCGUGACUGUCCACCGUCACGACCCGACGUGCUGGUGGUGAUCAUCUCCAUGCUGUCCUCAGCUCCCAUUCCUGUCACCAACAUCCGCUUUCAGGCAGCUGUACCCAAGGUGAUGAAAGUGAAACUACAGCCUCCUUCUAGUACUGAGCUCCCAGCGUUCAACCCCAUCUUGCCUCCAUCCACCAUCACACAGAUUCUGCUGUUGGCUAAUCCUCAUAAGGAAAAAGUGCGUUUGCGGUACAAGAUUACAUUCAACCUUGGGGACAAAUCUCUCGAUGAAUCCGGUGAUGUGGACCAGUUCCCACCUCCAAACACCUGGGGGAACCUUUAGUGUGAAGGAAACACCUUCCUGUCAUCUGAUCUGCUGCUUCCUUUUUAGAUUUAGGUUGAAGUUGUCCCUUAUCGCCGGCUGAGGCUAAACGUCCUCUGUACACUUCAGUGGUUUCAAACUCUGGUUUGAUAACACAAACUGACGUGAGGCCAGCAGCGGGGAAACAGCUUCUACCUUGUGCCUUCCUGUCCUUUAUCCAAUCAUCUCCAUGUUCCUGUGUUUCGUAGCUACAUUCCCUUCUUCAAACAAUCAGUCUAACAUGGUGAUAUAAAGCACACUGGCAAAAAACACUGAUCCAAUCAAUGCAGCGACUUUUCGGAAAAACAAGUUGAGCCUUUUAAAAAAAACUGAAUGUGUGCAUUUGGCUGAUUUACAUACCGUUUAACAAUCCUCUUAGAUCUCUUACAUCAUGUAAAUUACACGUAGAAGAUGCUGUCUGACAUUUUUACAAAGCAAAGCAAGUGUCAUAUGCACACAGAGUAAUAUACAACAGCCAAAAACCUAAUGUGUUUAAUUUAUGAUAUAGAAUAGUCAGUAUUUUACUUGAUUAAUCUGCAUUGAAAGUUGUUUCUGAUCACAUGGCAACCUGUUUCAGAGCUACUGUUCGAGGAAGAGGUGUCACAGUGAAUAUAACGGUCAAAUGGUGUCAAGCUCAACUUACUAGCUUAACCCAUUAAUAUACCUCAGAAAGUCAAAGACAGAGUUGCAUAGGGAAAUGAUGAAACUAAAUGUAAGUGUAACCUCCCGCAUUUAAAACAAUAGGUAGUGAUGUUCGCUGUCGUCCAGUGGAGACGGUUCAGAGUGAGAGGAGUUGAUCUGAAAUGCUGAAGUACUUGGACCAUGAGAAUCAGACUUGAUGUAUGUAAGGAGCUGACACACAUAAUGUUUUGAUUUGUGUCUUUUUUUUAUUUUUUUUAUUUGUGUUUCGGCAUAAUUCCAGUUGUGUGUCAAAGCUGUGACAGUAGGGCUUUUUUCACAGCAGAUGUUUUGAUUUGUCACAGUGGGGAAAAUCACAGGUGUCACAUGAAACAUUAAUGAACGUUCUGUUCUAUUAAUGAAGUCAUAACAGUGUGAUAGUGAGGCAGCAUGUAUACUCCAGGACCCAGAAAACAGAAGAAGCAGAUAAAUGGACUUCAGCAUUCAUUAAUGUUAUUUAUCGACAGCUGUGUUUUUCCUGUUGUGCUCUGUCAUAAUGUGUUCAUUGAAGAAGGCUUACGACGGAGGGGCGGUAAAUCUCUGACCCUUUACAAACGCUGCCAUUUUCUCCCUCUUUUUAUUGUUGCACUUUUCUUUGAACACUUCUACAUUACGUUUCACUCAGGAUUAUGAUUUGGAGAUUUAUUUUUUACACAACUUUGACCUAUCAUGCACUUAUUUUUAUUUUUUUUUAGUUUUGCACAUGAAACAUUCCCUUUCACAGCACAUUUGUCUUUUCUCAUCUGCUGCCUUUCUGCUGUCAAUCGACCCAAAGAUGGGACGACAAGUCCUGAGUUGACAUCGCUGACAUUCUAUUUGAUUCUACCACAUGUGCCUGAGAUGAAACUCUUACUUUGCUUUUUCUUUGUACAUAUACUGUAUGUAAACAAAUGACUUAAUCUUUUUUUUCUCUGCUUUAAUAUGUUCAUGUCCUUUUCAGAAAAGACUUUGUGAAACAAAUGAUGGAAUAAUCAUGAAAUCCAUGUUCAUUGAGUUAAUCUGGAGCAUGGGUCUGUGAUCACUUCUUAAAUUAUACAGACUGAAAUAAAGGAAUUGGAGGCAGACUGGUUCCAUGUGACCUGUGCCAUUGUGUAACUGCAGUAGAGGUAAAGCUGGAGAAGUAAUGCUAUUAAGUUACAAAUAGCAUGAGGGAUCAAUUCAAGAAUGGCCUACUGAGUAAUAUUGAUUCAGUUAUACAUUUACUUGAAAGCAAGUGUUAAAUAAAUGGUGCACAAACCCACAUCAAUGAACAAUCA